CCAAAGCCACUGGAGAAGACAAACAGGAAUUGAGAUUGCCCGUUCUCCUCUCCACUGUGCUGUUCAUCAAGAAGCCAUGGAGAAGCGUAAGAGAGGUGGUCUUUGCCUUCAUCAUCGCCUUCACCUUCUACAUCGGGAGCUCCAUGGGGCAGCGGAAGCGCUCGCACCGUCAGGAUUUCCUCCAAGAGCUGGGAAAGCUGAGCAAUUCCAUCACCAGUAAGAAGGUGUGCUUCCAAGGGCGUGAGCCCAGUAGUGUGCUGGAGGAGAAUGGCGUGACGCGCUUGCUGCUGCGGGAUUGGUGCAACGGGAACUUCAAGACUCAGUUCAACUUGAAGAGCUUUGAUCAUUGCAUCACCCUGGCUGAGUUGGCGGACUUGGUGGUGCAGAGCUCCCCCAGCAUCGACACCACGCUGCGGCGCUAUCGCUCCUGGCAUUCAGACGUGUAUGGCAACUUCCUAGACCACGUCCCGUCGGACAGCACCGACUACGAUGCCUCCUGCAUUUGCUACAAGCUGCCAACCACCAGCGAACACUUGCCUGAGAUUGAUGUGAGUGCAUGGCCGCUGGCACCCGGUCGAAAAGUGGGCAGACUUGGCGGCUGGCGAAGUAGCAUGACGUAGCUGAGCAUGAGGGCGUAGCUGCUGAACAUCUCGGAAUCAAUUGGUUGCUUGACUUUGUUGGCUACUCCAAAGCGGUGCUCAAGUCUUGGAUCAGGCCCUUUGUUUGGUUUGGUGGGUUCAUCGUAUCCCUGUUGGGUCAGUUUUGACUGCCAGGAGCCUCAGAAAGAGAUUCUGGUGGUCAAUGAGGCAGGAACAUGCAGGAACGACUCUCGACAUUCCUUUGUUGGUUCUAUUUUUGUAGAGGUUUUCAGGACCCGCUGGCUCCGUUUCAGUGCAUACAUGCAUCAUCAUGCAUCCCUGGCUCAAGAUGCAAACAUGUCGGCCGACCGGAGUCUCCAGCCUUUUGUCACAUCCAUUGACAUUGACGGAGGAAACACCUCCGUCAACCGAGCCAAUCCAUGGGCCUCAUGGGUGAAACUUCUGCAAGACUGCAGUGGUCCCUGUGAGAUUUUCACACGUAACAUAUCGUCCAUAGUUGCACAAUCCACUUUCAACCACCUUUUGGGGUCUGUGCCAUC